ACUGGCCAAGCCUGUCGUGGCAUUUACGACGCGUUUGGAGGAUCGUGUGGGACGUUUACUUUGUAGCAUGGGUUUGAAUCAGGAGGUGGCACAGUUUAUGGGGAGUCGUAGGGAUGGCCGGUGA